GCUUUGAGAGAAGUUCAGAGAGAAGCUCUGCAGACUUCGGAGACUGACGCACACAGCCUCUGUCUGUGUGUGUGAGGUGCCACAUCGAAACGGAGUAUAAACAGUGGAAAAUGAGCAUCAUGCUGCUGAUCCUGCUGCAGUCUGUGGCCCUUGUGUCUUCUGCUCCUCGACGGUGUGACCCAGAAGUCAGAGGACUGUGCAAGCCAACAGUGCAAGAAAAACCAAAAUGCACAGAUGUGUUACUCUCCUACUGCGACGACAUGCCCUACACACAGACAAUGUUCCCAAACAUCCUCGGACACAAGACUCGAGAGGAAGCCGAGGCCGGAGCGGAGUACCUCCUCAUGAGUGUGGUGGAGUCUCUUCUUGGCGGAGAGUGCAACCCUGAGAUACGCAUGCUGGGCUGCUCCGUGUUGGCCCCCCGCUGUGAGAAGGCAAAGGUGACGAAGCCCUGUCGAGCCACCUGCGAGGCCAUCCGUAAAAAAUGCAGCCACGCGUUUGAGGCGAUAGAGAUGGCCUGGCCCUACUUCCUGGACUGUGACCGCUUCUUCGUCAGUGAGCAAGAGGAGUGUUAUGACCCACUGGAGGGCCUCACAGCACAACAGGAUGUAGAUGACAUGGAUGGCAUGGAGAUGCUUCCUCCUGAGGAACCAGCCACCACAAUAAAGUUCACCUAUCACUCCAAUGCUCAGAUGAUCAACAUCCUGAAGAAAACUGAAGAUCAAUGCUCCAACAUAGCAAGAACCUACAGCAUCGGACGCAGUAUUGAGGGCCGGGAGCUGCUUGUGAUUGAGUUCUCCAACAACCCCGGAGAACAUGAACUGCUUGAGCCAGAGAUAAAGUAUGUUGGCAACAUGCACGGAAACGAAGUCCUGGGCCGUCAGCUGCUGAUCUACUUGGCUCAGUACCUGUGCUCAGAGUAUCUGCUGGGGAACGAACGUGUCCAGACCCUCAUCAAUACCACACGCAUCCACAUCCUGCCCUCCAUGAACCCUGACGGAUACGAGGUGGCGGUUUCAGGAAUUCAGGACAAUAACGAUGCUGAUGAGGAGGGGAGUCCCAGAUAUGAUUCAUGGAACAUCGGCAGAAACAACGCUCAGAACGUCGACCUGAACAGGAACUUCCCUGAUCUGACGUCUAUUGCUUACAACCGACGCAGACAGAAAGGCUACCGCACUGACCACAUCCCAAUCCCAGACUAUUACUGGUUUGGUAAGGUGGCACCGGAGACUUAUGCUGUCAUGAAGUGGAUCCGCUCCAUCCCGUUUGUGCUCUCGGCUAACUUUCAUGGUGGAGACCUGGUAGUGGCAUACCCGUACGAUCUGUCCAAACACCCUCUGGAGCCCAACAUGGUCUCCCUCACACCAGAUGAAAAGGUUUUCAAGCUUCUAGCAAGAACAUAUGCAAACGCCCAUGAAAGAAUGGCAAAUGAAAACGCCCGCUGUGGAUCGUCUCAUAGUAACAGUCAGAGAGGAAUCAUUAAUGGAGCUCAAUGGUCCAGCUUUGCAGGCGGCAUGCAGGACUUCAACUAUCUACACACUAACUGUUUCGAGGUGACGGUCGAGCUGGGCUGCGAUAAAUUUCCCCCUGAAGAAGAAUUAUUUAUCGGCUGGCAUGAAAACUACGAGGCUUUGCUCACUUUUAUGGAGGCAGCCCAUCAAGGUAUCAAAGGUAUCGUAAAAGACGAGGAGGGGAACCCAAUCAAAGGUGCUCGGAUAUCAGUGAGAGAGAUCCGACAUGACGUCACCUCAGCUGAAAACGGAGACUACUGGCGUCUCCUCGCCCCCGGCACCUACAUCGUCUCUGCCUCGGCGCCCGGCUACACCCGAGCCAUGAAGAGAGUCAGGCUCCCUGAUGGCAUGAGUGCGGCGGGCCGUGUGGACUUUGUGCUGCAGAGGGCUGCUGCAGAGCCCACCACGCAGGAGGAGGACGACACCCUCCCCUCCAUGGGCUCCUACGACCGCUUUGACCCCUUCAAUCAGUACGAGCGCUACACCCUGAUGGCUGAUCUGAGCCUGAACCGCGAGGAGCGAGCCGAGAAGCCCUGGUGGUGGAGCUAUUUCGUGCUGCCCGGAGGUCCUGCACCAACAUGGCUGCUCAAACGCAUUUAGAGCUGAGAUUGCAGAAAUGUAAAGAUAGAAUCUGUUACAACACAAAACAUACACAUUGAGCUUAAAUCUAAUAAAUAUGCUGCUUCUAAUGAGGUUGAAGUGCAGGACAGAUUCUAUGCUAGCUGGCUGGCCUUCAUGUUAGCUUUUACCUUCAGAACUGUUUAAAUCCAGUCUGUUCUUUAAAACAUAAUAAAAGCACCUUAACAACAACAACAACAACAACAA